AACUGGGAAGAUAAACGACAUAAGGAGUAUAACGCACGACGUCGUCCUCUCCAGCAGCACAGCACGCGCUGGUUUUUUCUUGAGGUCAGUUCGCCAACGCUCUUCUUCUUCUUUUUCUUCCCCAUAUUGGCUGAAGGCUGAGGAUCUGGGUGCAUCAUCUCCAGGGGAAGCCAACAAACCACUCCCUUCCUACCACUAAAAUCAAAUCUCGUAUCUCUUUCCAUCUUAGGAGUAUAAAAUAUGGAUGCGGAAACACCUGAUCCCCAAACUGUAACCACUAACUUGGAAACCCCGAACCUCUUCACUGACCCAUUGACGGACCAGUUUGGCUCCCUCAACGACGUGGCCCAUGAGCUCGCUUCGCUCCAGGACCUCGCCACCCGUGGCUCAUGGCGUUCCAUCCUUGACAAGGUGGCACGGGCCCGAGCCCAAUCCCUCCUUCACAAACCCCAUGACCACCUUGUUUAUUUCACCUACAAUGUCCUUGCCUUAACUAAACUACGUAGUUUCCCUGAAGCCUCUGCCGAGAUUGAUUCCUUAGAAGACCUCGACAGCUCUCGCUACCACUAUGAAACCUAUCCAAAAGUGUACCCAAAUCGGGUUGGCUCCAUGGUACCUUUCUCCCUGAGGUGGCUUUAUUCCCUAUUGCCCAUCAAGUUGGGCCAGCGACAAGAGGGACUGGAUCGGCUGUACUGCUUGUUAGAUUUCGUACGGAGCAAGAUCAAAGGAAAAGAAAGAAAUGUGAGUGUCUCUGUGUGGAAGAGAAGGGAGGUGUUUGUAAUGAAUGGUAUUAUAGGGGUCCAUUUGAGUCAGAAGGAGGUAUCUGUGUGCUUGAGCUUGAUCAACGACUUGCUUAACCGUGAUUACACAGACCCCAUUUUGGUGUCAAAACUGGGUUACAUUCAGAUGCAAAUGGGGGACUUGGAGGGAGCUAAGAGCUCCUUCAACGUGGUCCAAGGGUUGGUGGAGAAGCAGGGUGAAGCGAGCAACGAGUUUAAGAACCUAGUAAGCAGGAACAAGGCCUUGGUGUACGUGGUGGGGAAAGACUACGUGUCCGCAGUGAGGGAGUAUGAGGAGUGCAUUGAGAGGGAGCAAAACGACGUCGUGGCCAUCAACAACAAGGCGCUUUGCUUGAUGUACUUGCGUGACUUGUCCGAUUCAAUCAAGGUGUUGGAGAAUGCCCUCGAAAGGGUGCCUACGGUGGCAUUGAACGAGACUGUUGUGGUGAAUUUGUGCAGUAUGUACGAGUUGGCUUAUGUUAAUCAUGCUGAUAUUAAGAGGACUCUCAAUAGCUGGAUUGCCAGGGUUGCUCCCGAUGAUUUUGAUUCGUCAUCUACGAGGAUUUGAUUCAAUUUAUCUUCUUUGUUAAACAAUCACUACUUGUUUGCUUGUUUCAGUUUAUAAUGAACGAUUCGCAUUUAUGUAACUAUUUGAGUGUAAUUUUAUUCGUUCAUCAUUCUGUUCCUUGUUCAA